UAAAUAAAUAAAAAAAAAUAAAGUAAAAUAAAUAAAUUAAUUAAUAAAUGAAUAAAAAGUAAAAAAUAGAACGCACAUUUCAAAAGGGCAGCUUGGCUAAAGGACAGAAAUAGGUUAUUGCCAAUGCUAGGGGGCCAUUGGGGUAGCCAUAAUUAUUUCUAGAUAAUCUCUAGCUGUGGCACCCAUUUCCGAAGUGUUGUUACUAGUAGUGCCGUGAGAGACUACCAGGGGACAAGGGAAAUAAAAAAUACAUAAGUUUUUCUUUUUUUUUUUUAUUUCUUUGAAUAGUGUUAUUAAAUUUACAAUCAGUCUUUUAAUUAGUGAAUCUUUCUUUCGCACAGGAACAGGGCAGCAUGGAGGGAGACGAGAGUACCUUUGGUCGGAUGAAGCAACAGAGAAAUUGGUAUUGAUGGUGAAGGAGAAUUACGCGAAGGUGACAGGGGGAAGGGAUGCAAGGGAAGAAGUCUUUCGUGACAUCACCAAAAAAUUAGUGGAAUAUUCUUUUCCAGAUUCCAGGCAUUACAGUCAGACAAGUUCACAUGAAAUGGAAGAACUUAAAACAGAGAUUCAAGAAAUACGAACUGAAGAAAUCCAAAGAUAGAUACCGCGUCAAGGAACCUCUGUGCUACAAUUUGCUGUGUUCAUUUCUUGACAGACCAUCAGUCCCUACAUAUGAUGUGAUAUGUUGCGAUUUUGACGAAGAAGAAGAGGAACUUCUACAGCAGCACCAGAGACACCAACUCCAAUUACAGCCCCAGAAACAGCGAAUGCAGCAGCAGCAAGUAAGCAUAAUUCCCACUAUUGAAAUGAUAGAGGAAAUAUCGCCCACAGACAGUUGUACCAGAAUAUCGGAGAAAACAACAGAUACCAACAAGAGAAGAAAGCUGGACAAGCUCACAGCAAGUCAGAGGAGAAUGGAGUCAUUGUUCAGUGAAGUUCUUAGUGAGAUGAAGAAGAACAACUCUGUCAUGGAGAGCUUUUUUACUGACUUCAGGAACAUUAUGAAAAGAAAUGAGGAACAUCAACUUGAACUAAUCAGAACUCUCAAGGAACGUAAUCAGAUCCUGAAGCAGGCUGUUCAGAAGUGAUAUAAUCAUGUGUAUAUGUAUCCAUUUCAUUCACCAGUGCCAUCUUCAUAGUUCUGUACAGAUAGACAAUAGUUUUAUCAGAAAUAGAAUUUCUCUCUCUCUCUCUCUCUCUCUCUCUCUCUCUCUCUCUCUCUCUCUCUCUCUCUCUCUCUCUCUCUCUCUCUCUCUCUCUCUCUCUCUC